AUGCGCAUUCAAAUACCAUUCCACAAGACAUCUGUUUUUUCAUCAAAUCCUUCUAAAAUAAGACUCACAAAUUCUGUGAAUGUGCUUAAAGAGUUUUUGGAAGCAGCAGAAGGCCGUGUACUGGUUUUGACAGGUGCAGGAAUAAGCACCGACUCUGGAAUACCAGAUUACCGUGGACCAAACGGUACAUAUACGACUAAUAAAACAUACAGACCAAUAUUUUAUCACGAAUUUGUCCAACAUCACCGCUUUCGACAGCGAUACUGGGCUCGUUCGUAUUUUGGUUUUCCAUCUAUUGCCAAAGCGCUUCCAAACAGUGCUCACUACGCGCUUACCACUCUACAGAAUCAGAACCUAAUUUCCAAGAUAAUAACUCAGAAUGUUGAUGGGCUACAUCAUGCUAGUGGAUCUCGUAACAUUCUUGAAUUACAUGGAACGUUGCACGAGGUCAAAUGUCUACAAUGUGGAUAUACAAGAAAAAGGACAGACUUUCAGAGUACAUUGGCGAAAUUGAAUACAGCAUGGACAACAUAUAAAAGGGCUUUUGAACAAGAUGGUUUAACGCCGAAAGUAAAUCCGGAUGGUGACGUUGAGCCGCCUGAAGGUACAAGCUAUGACUUGUUUAUCUACCCACCAUGCGAUAAUUGUAAAACAGGGAUAUACAAACCAAGCGUUGUAUUUUUUGGAGAGAAUAUUCAUCCACGAGUAAAACAAUAUGCUGACCAGAUGAUACAAGAGUGCAAUGCAUUGUUGAUAGUUGGCAGUUCAUUGGCAACCUAUAGUGCAUUCAGGUUGGUCAAGACGGUAAAAGAAAUGGGGAAGCCUGUGGGGAUCGUAAAUUUAAGGAGUACACGAGGGGAUGAUUUGGCAGACUUUAAGAUAGAAGAGAAAUGUAGUGAUUUAUUCAGAAGAGUGCUUAAUGGAGACAAGAAGAUUGAUAGAAAGCAUGCAAGUAGGUGA